GACAGUGCAGUGGAUUGUCGGGCCUCAGUUCGCCGCGUAUCGUGGCGUAAAGUAGUCGUUAUGUUGGGUUUAGGAGCCGCUGUGAUUGCGGUGAUAGCUGCGAGCUAUCUUUGUUUCGGCUUUCUUUUCACCGUAACACUUUUUAUAAUUUUAAGUGUCGUUUAUGCUCUUGUGUUCCAUUGGUCGUGGUGCGUUAUAGCUUUCAAAACUAUUCCCAGGGACUUACAUGCCCUUAUAUGCUACAUAAAAAUAUUAUUGUUGACACGGAGGUAUACCAAGAAGAACUGGACUAUGCCUGAUAUAUUCCAUUACACAGUUGAGAAACACCCUGAUAAGCCUUGUUUUUUCUAUCAGGAUGAAGUCUGGACAUUCAAAGAGGUGGAAGAUUACAGCCUUCGUGUGACAUCGGUGUUGAGAGCCCUGGAAAUACGAAAGGGCCAGGUAGUUGGUAUGCUGGUCUCCAACUGCCCUCAGUUUCCUGCGUUGUGGUUGGGUAACGCUCGCCUGGGAGCCAUCACUCCACUUAUAAACACCAAUCAAAGAGGAAGUGCGCUAUUGCAUUCUAUUACCAUUGCUUCUUGCGAUGUUUUGAUAUUUUCUGAAGAGUUUGAACCAGCUAUCAAAGCUAUACAAUCUGAGUUAAGCCCUAGGCUGAAGCUAUACAAAUUCUCACAUCGUCAACUAAAUUCGAAAAUAGUGACAAAGCAAGAUGAAUCUCCUUUUACUGACUUCACGAGUUUACUAGAAUACACCCCACCAGGGCCAUGGCAAUUAGCCGAUGCAGAAGGUUUCUCUGGAAAGUUAUUGUAUAUCUACACGUCUGGUACUACGGGGCUACCAAAAGCAGCGGUUAUUUCUAAUGCAAGGGUCACAUUUAUGACAGCGGGAGUUCACGUCUGGCGUAUGAACAAAAGGGAUGUAAUAUACUGUCCCCUACCACUAUACCACACUGCGGGGGGCGUCAUCAGCGUCGGCCAAGCUUUAUUGUUUGGCUGCUCAGUCAUUAUAAAGUCCAAGUUCUCCGCAUCGCAGUUCUUUCCAGAUUGCAUCAAGUAUAAGGCUACGGUAGCACAUUAUAUCGGUGAGAUGUGCAGAUACAUUCUUGCGACGCCACCGUCGGCCAGCGAUACGAAACACCAAGUACGGCUCAUAUUUGGCAACGGGUUACGACCACAGGUAAUGUACAUUUGA